UCGGCGCACGGCAAAACGGAAAAUCCGUCUUCGACAAUAAGAAUCAAGAUCAUUCUCCGUAUCUGGAGCUCUACGGACGCGUUCGGUGCGCCGAUUUCAUUUGCAAGGAGAAAAACUAUUUUAGAGGCAAUUCGGGUGGUAACGAAAUGUUUUUGGUUUAAGAGUUAGACGUGGAACUUGGGGAGCCGAAGUCUUGGGCGUUUCUCCACUUUUGUUCUUUAUUGUCGAAUUGAAAAGCAACCGACGCUGAGCGCAUCAAAUCUCCCCCGAGCGCCCGGUGCUGAUGAGGGCUUUGUCGGUGUGAUCGAUGCGCGAUGGCCGCUUCGGGCGGACAGAAGAGUGAGAAGUUAGAUGAAGCUCAGGCUUUAGCCAGGAGUUGCGCAGGACGACCGGACUUUCUGCCCUGCGAUGGACUAUCCAUCUGCGCCACACACAGCCACGGGAAAUGUUUCAAGCUGCACUGGUGCUGUCAUCUGGGUUGGUGCCACUGUAAAUACGUCUACCAGCCUAUGACCAGUGUAUGCCAACUUCCCAGCACAGCGGUUCCAGUUGCUCCCUCAGGUCAUUCGCACACUAUGAACCUGUCCAUCUCGCUGGCUGAACGUUUUCUCAGGACGGCUCCCAAGUUCCAGGCUCCACCCUGCCCAGAGUCUCCCAAGUUCUGUGUCAUCUCUGACCUCUUUGUGGAUGAUUACAUGGUCAAGCGUAUCAAUGGUAAAAUGUGUUAUGUGCAAAGGCCUCCGCCGCCUACACCAAAUCCCACACACCAACCUCAAACACAGGCACCUCAGCCUGCACCCCAACGUUCCAAGCACAGUCAUCAAGUGGGCCCAACUGUUAAACAUGGCCAACCAAAGGAGAAGAUUUUAGCCCCUAAAAUGGACCACUGCUCCUCUCCCUCCAGCUCAGAGGACUCUGGAAUCAAUGCACUGGGUUUGCACUAUUUGGAAUCAUGCGACGAGGAAUCAUGCGUAGAUGACGAUGAUGAGGAAGAAGAGGAUGAUGAGCUGAGUACUGAUGGAAAUUCCAGCCCCGGUAGCUUCUGGGACCAGGACGAGUGCACUUUACUAUCACCAUCUAAAUCAAUGGUUGAGAUCAUUGAGAAGAUUGAGACUACGGUUUGAUGUGCCUGUCAGUCAAUAGCACAGUUGGAAUUCCUCAGUCACAGAAACACUUCCCUCCACUAUCCUGUCUGCAGGUGCAUGAGUUCAAUGAGCCAGUGCAAGCACACACUCCUUGUUAUGGCAAUGCAAUUUGAGGUUGUCCCAGAAAAACCCUCGAGAGAUGAGUCACGGGGACUUCUCUCCUGUACUUACUACAGCUCUCAUUUUCCCUAUAGUCCCUUACGCAUGGUGAGGCUAAUGUAGGUUACACGCAUUUAAGUGCGCUGACAUACACAUAUCGUGAGAACUAUGACCAAACGGGACACAAUACUUGAUAGAAUAUUUCACGGCAGAACAGAUAUAUCAAAGUCAAACUCAAAAAUCUGAGGGUACCCAGGAUACGUCUCUCCCCAGAGGGCUCUGUCCAUUGCAUAUAAGCGGAUGAAGAAAUGGCUGAUGCAAUAUAGAGAGAUCUAGACUAAGACAGUCUGUGUGUGUUAGGAGGAUGGAGAGAGCAACAAAGAUAGGAGAAAAAAGUGAAGUAGGGAGGCUUUCAACAUCCUGUUAGCAGGAUUAGUCAGAACAGUGGCUAAAUCAUGCAUGAGCUCAGAGGAUGGUAAUGAAACCUUGCGAUGAAACGAGAUUGAAGCUCUGUGCUUGAGGGAAUGCCCCUUCACUCACACUCUCUCACACACACAAAUUCCUCAGAGGCGCAGCCAAGGGUGCACUACCAGACAUUUCUUGUCUGGCACCAGUCUGUUUGGGGAGAACCAAUCCUCCCAUCCUCAUAGUUCUUUGUGGCUUCUUUAAGAGUGGAGUACAACUGUUUGACAAUCAGUUAUAGGCAAAAGUUGAUCUUAAGUUUAGAAUAAAUUCAACAGUAAAGAGAAAAAGCUAAAAUUGUCUUUCGUCUCCCUGGAACAUUACCGUAAAUGCGCCUAUGCUACUUUGAAGAAUCUGUCAUUACUAGCUAGAAAACUGCUCAAGGGCCAGCCAAACAAACUGUGUACUUGUCUCCAUUUAAACUAGUUUUUUGAUGUUGGUUUGAGACUAUGUUCCUGGAGGCACACCAAUAGAACCCACAUUUUGGAUGUCUUUAUCCAUCUAUUUCUGUUCUUGGGCUGUUUCUCAAUAUGCAUGUUCAAUAUGCGUUCUCAUCCAACGUAGGCAUGGGCCGGUAUAUGAUUCUGAUGGUAUAAUGACCUUGGAUAAAAAUAUCACAGUUUUACAGUAUUGUGAUUACUGCUCUAAAAUAUAUUUUAUAUUUUAAAUAUCUGCGUAAAAAACAAAAACUUUUUUGAAAAAUAUAGUUUAUUUUGAGAAACAUAUAAUAUAUUUUAGAACAAUAAACUUGUCAGAUUAAACAAUUCAAAUAAAUCUAAUCUACCGUCAUCAUCAACGCCGAAGUUGGAUGUAUUAAAGAACCCAGAUGAAAUUGAAGACGUAUCAAUUGCAGGCUUGUGAGUGCAGCACUCGCUUAAAGUCCCAGAAGUUUUUGCAGCUAUAUAAAGGAAGAGAAAAGCUCAGAAUUUUAUAUUUACUAUUAUUUACAGUUCAGAGAUAUAACUUGUUUAUCUCUGGAGCUUCUUUAAAUGAGAUAAUGUAAACUUUCAGAAUAAAAUUUGAAUAAAGGCAUAAACACAUGGAAAGGUGUUUAUUUGCUGCAUUUUGUAAAGCAACUUUGUAAUGCUUUAGUACAUGUUAUAUAUUGAAAAGAAAAACUCAAAUACAAGUAGAAUAAAACAGUGUAUGAAUGUUUUAAUAAUUUUCAGUGAAAACUUGUGAAGGUCAUGUAACCAUCAGGAAGAUUGCAGCAUCUCAUUCCUCACAGCAUGUGUUCUCGUGGUCUUCUUUCUUCCAAGGUAACUCAACAAGACCCGUCUUCACGAGAACGCGAGUCCAUUCACUGUGUUCCUGGUAUUGAGAAAAAGCCUUAUAUUCUCGACUACCAAGCAGAUUAAUUAAAUCAGCUCUGUUUAAUUAGUUUGAAAAUGUGUGGUAUUGAUGUGCAUCCAAUACAUGGUUGUGAAACAUUGUUCUAAACAGAUUUAUAUUGGCCCUUGCAGCACAUCUUGCUGGUUUUCAACAUUUUAGGCCACAAAUUCCCUAUUCAUUCUACAUCAGGUGAUGACUGUUUUAAAACACAGAGUUUAUAAGAAUUAGGCAGGAUAGGAACAAUUACAUUUGGACAAGUGUUUUGAGUGUUUACAGUAGUAAGUCAUAAUGCAGUAGUUAUUAACAUUUUUGCGAUUUGAAAUUGCAUUCUAGAUAUAUGUUUUAUGAGCUGAUGCAUUCCUAGAGAAUCAAACCCAUUAAGUUGGUGUUACUACAGAAAUGCUAUAAACCAGCCAGGUCAGUUCUGUUGCCCUUGUCUAGUUGUAUUUAAUGCAAGAGUGCACUGUGCAUGAAGGGCCCCUUAGUGUCAUUGAAAAUACAUCUUUGAGAUCUUCACUGGAUGCAACAGUUUCAGUUUUUUUUUAAGGUUCAAGAAUAUUUGCCCCAUUUGACUUGAUACAGCAUCUACAGUACUUAUUUUAUCCAAAUUCCUUUUAUUCUAUUAUGUCUAUGAAUGUUACCUUAAAAUACCCUAGUACAGUUAUAGACUGCCCUUGAAUGAGAAAAAGGCCUGUGUGUCAAGAAGUGCUACUUUUUCCUGGUUUAUCAAGCACAUGAAACCCCUCCAGUGUGUUUUUUUUUUUUUUAUGUGAACCCCUC